CAUGCAUUAGUCAAAAUCUAAAUCUGUACAACGUUUGAAAACCUCUGCCAGUUUCUCCCGAGCUUCCCCUCACUUACUCGUUCGUCUUUAUUCUCUCUUAUCCCUAUCUACCCAUAUGUUUCAUCACCCUGACAAGUUUGAAGAGAAGAUUUUGAAGAAAAUCCGUCGGAAGAUCCGCAACAAGCGCUCAGCUCAAGAGAGUCGGAAGAAGAAGAGGGAAUAUGUUGAUAGUCUGGAGGGAAGGAUGUCCGCAUGUAGUGCUCACAACCUCAAGCUGCAGAGAAAGAUCCAGCAGUUGGAGGACACCAACAGCUGGCAGAGUGCCCGUGAUCUGCUGGAGCAGCUCAGCCGCCUGCAGGCUCUCGUUCCUAACGGCUCCGGCAAAACACACAGAGGGACCUGCAUCCUGGUUUUGCUCCUGUCCUUCUCCCUCCUCAUUUCUGCAAAUCUUCAACCAGACCCCUACAGUCAACCAAGCCAAGGAGAGUACACACAAACCAAAGUUCCGUCCCGCAACCUGCAGUCAAUGGGUGAAGGGCGGGGAGUCCCACCUGUUUCUCUCUUCUCCGUCUCCAGGGGCAUUGAGGCCCUGUGCCGGAUGAUGGAGAAACUCUGACGCUGAACACAUCCCCCCAUGAUCAGAAGCAUGGGAAAAAUCACUGAUCUACACGGGACCCCCAGGGGGGAAGACGAGUAAUAGGAAAGCAGACUUGCUUGCAUGCAGAGCAUCCAGAUGAGCAGUCUGAAUAAUUUUCAGCGUCCAUUUCCCACUGCAGAGACUGAAUUAAGUGUUAUGGUGCGCUUGCCAUCUGCUCCAAAACACAAGUAGCUAGUUAAAAGAUUUAACUGAAAUUCACCCUCUCACUCAGAUUGAGGUCGGCCAGGAGGUCAUCUAAACAUUUCUAAUUCUUCAUUAUGCUUUGGAAAAUGGAGCCUAGUGGAGUAUGUAUUAUAUACAUGAUACUGCAAAAAUGUAUGACAUUUUAAACAACACAAUUGUGUACUACUACUACUGUAUUUGAAUACUUACUUUGAAUGUACAUGUUGAAACGGUUUAUCAGAAAUUAUUUGCAUUUUGUAACGCUUCAGUGCAAUGCUGACAAAGCACAAGAGAAUUAAAAGUUUACUGAAAUACAUUGUUUGAGCCCCAAAAGGGGAAUGUGCCAUAUGUCCAAUUUUUAAGACAUUUGAAUCCCAAAAAUAAUGACGGAAAUGUGGAAAAAAUGACAUGUCAUCAACCAAUUAAUUAGAUGAUGAGCAAAAGCUGCUCGAUGAGUUUAAUACACACAUAAUAGUAAGAUUUACCUUCGUGCCAGCUUUUAAUUAGGGAAAGUUUACUUGAGUUUCUUUUAAAUAGUGAAUAUAACAUCACAAUUUUAGAGUUGAAUUCUUUGUUGUUAUUAUACAAGUAUAAUUAUUGGCUGUUGCCUGUUACAUAGAGUCCAUUCAUUAGGACAACACUUCACUGGUUAUUCUUGUGCCUCACACAAUGUUCUCUGCCCAUGGACAGAACAUACACGUUUGAUCUCAUCUCAGUUUCUGUCCAAAACAUCACAAUUCAGACAGACAUCUGUGUCUAGUUUACAGGAUCGUCUGGGUAGGAUCUCAGCUGUACCUCGACUACAACAUUUGCAUCAAACAAAAAGAUAACUGGAUUCAGCUAUUUGUGCAUUUUUAAGGGCCUAAUGGUUAAAUAAGGGCUUAAGUGUUUGUACUGUGAAGAUGAUUAUUUAUAUUUAAAAAAUCUACUUGUUUACAGAUGUCUAAUGUUUAAU